GGAGUGUCAUAAAUUACAUCUAUCUUUUUUUGCACUGCACUCGAAAACUCUUGACUCGUUCUUGAUCAUGGAUCGUAUAAGCGCAGGGCGUUAAGGGUUUUGCGCUCGCUCGGUUCGAGUGACAGUCGAUCGCGCGUGCCGGUGAUGGCGGAGAUGAGCGCGCUGCUGCAGGGCGCCGAGGGCGCGGGAGCCGCCAGCUCUCUCCUCUUCCUGCCGCCGCUCGCAGAGACUCUCGCGCUGCUCGGAGAUCAGCGAUUUCCGGCUGAGUGGCUGUCCCGCAGCACGCCGGCCGAGCUGGACCACUUAAAGGGCAUCCUGAGGAGGAGACAGCUUUACUGCAGAACCGGGUUCCACCUGGAACUCCUGCCGGACGGCACGGUGCAGGGCACGCGGAAAGACCACAGUCGCUUCGGUAUUUUGGAAUUCAUAAGCCUUGCUGCUGGAUUAAUCAGCAUCCGAGGAGUGGACAGUGGCCUCUACCUUGGAAUGAAUGACAAGGGGGAGCUCUAUGGCUCUGAGAAACUGACAGCUGAGUGUAUCUUUCGGGAACAGUUUGAAGAGAACUGGUACAACACUUAUUCCUCCAACCUCUACAACCAAGGAGAAAGGGGGGCUCGCUACUAUGUGGCACUCAACAAGGAUGGAACACCACGAGAUGGGACAAAAUCAAGGCGACAUCAAAAGUUUACACAUUUUCUCCCCAGGCCUGUAGUCCCUGAUAAAGUACCUGAACUUUACAAAGAAACAGUAGGACACAGCUGAGACCAGCAGCUUGGUGUUUGAAGAUAAAUUCCCAAUAAAAAAAGGAACAAGGGAAAUGGAUGGAUGUCUAGUAGCCCUGGUACACCUGCCUUAGCCGCAUGGAUUGUUACUCCAGGAAGUAUAGACGGCAAAGGAUGGUAAAAUGCUCAGUGCUGGUCAUUUUUCCUUAGCACUGCAAGCAACAGAGGGUGUCCCCAACUCCAUGGGACGUACAGAACCUAUUUAGCAUUAGGCCUGCUGCUGAAGAGGAAAAAGAGAAAAUGUUCUGUCUGAUGCUGUAAUGGAUUUUUAUAUGACAAGUUUUUUUUAUUAUUUUAAACAAGGAUUAUUGUGGACUAGCUUUGGAGAAAACUGAAGGAACACUACUUAUGUGAUGUACUGAAAAGUUGAAACUCACAGCUGUGGAGAACACAUAAGCAGCAUAUUAUUUAUA